AUGGAGCAAUCCAAUGGGGAAGGUUUCGAGGAUGAUAUAUCGCCUCAAGAGGAGGAGCUCAAGCAGCGACCACUCCCUUUAGACCUUCCUAGAUCCCUGGAUGAUCGGCAGCCAGUACGCCAUUAUGGCGCCGAGACUGAAAUGUACGACGCAUGGCAAGGACAGUCGCAGCUCUUGUCAAGUCCUGUACCUUCACAGCCGCUAGCUUUCAACCUCAAUCUUAAUGACGAUCCGAGGGAUGAUACAUCUCGGAGCUUGCAAGACAAUGACACAAGACUCAUGGAGAUGCUUGCCGCACAAGCAGCCCAUAGAGAAGAGGGUUCUGCUGGAGCUGAUGAAGAAGCUAUCGUGAAUGACUCGAAGAUACCUGAGGCGCAGAAGAAAGCGCUGUUGCAAAAGUCGCUCCACAAUGCUGCGAGUAAUGGAGACAUUGAACAGAUUGGCCGGUUGCUUAAGGGAUCUGCGGGGAAGUUGAUCGAUAUCAAUGGCCCCGAUGAGGAAGGCACAGCUCCAAUCAUCUACGCCAGCUGUUUUGGUCACCAGGAUGUUGUCUCUGCUCUACUGGAAGCUGGCGCCGGAGUCGACAGACAGGACAAGAACCAGUGGACUCCUCUCAUGUGGGCCAUGACAAAUCGACACAAGGAGAUUGCGAAGAUCUUACUUGAUCAUGGUGCAUCCACAGAUGUGAAGUCUUCUUCUGGGCGCACAGCCUUUGACUUCACCACACCAAACAGCGAGAUGUCAAGCUAUUUGAGGAAAAAUGGCUAUGGCCUUGGAGAUGUUGGUGUUGGGGAAGACUUUUACGAUGGUGGAUUCUCACAAGAUAAAUUCGAGCAAGAGAUGGAGGAAAGCGAAAUGACAAGGCGCAUGAUGAUGGAAAGCUCGAUCAAUCUGGAGGUUGAUCUUUCAAGCUUAGGAAUGGACGAACAGCCUGACGAGCCUGAAGAGUUUGAAGAACAACAAGAAUUUGUCUGGGAUAAGUGUCUCAAUGACCAGAUGUUCGUAUUUCAAGAGGCAGAGCUGGAUCAGAUCCUAGAUAUCAUUAUCACGUCGAUGAAUCCUUCGAGGAGUCCCUCGCAGAAACCUGUCCCUGCAAACAUCCUGUUCCUUGCCGCACGGUAUGCUCACUACCAUGCAAAUCCAGAUCUCUUGGCAAAUCUCCUACUCUCCGCUAUGGACAAGAUCAACAGUAAAGUUGAGCGACACCAGUGGGAUAUGACCAUUCUCUCGUUCUGGAUAUCCAACGCAACACUUCUCUUACAUUACUUGAAAAAGGAUGCGGGGUUGGUGAUGACGACUGCAGAAUUUCAGGUGCAGCUUGUGGAGCUUAUCAAUGAGAUUUUCAUCCUCAUUAUAAGAGAUGCUGAAAGGAGGAUAGAUAAAGUAUUGAGAAAUGCUAUUCUAGAUCAUGAGACGAUUCCUUUCGACCAUCUGGAGUUCGCUGGAGAAUGGAAUCUCUUCAAAUCCAAACCCAAGGCUCAACCGGAACCUGUCAGCUACAAACCCCCUCCACCCAGUAAGCGGGCAAAAUUAUCACCUAGGAACGUGACGUCCUUGCUCUCCUCAACUCUCUUCGUCCUUGACCUCUAUGACAUACAUUCUGUUAUUACUUCUCAAGUCAUCUCACAGCUCUUCUAUUGGAUAGGUGCCGAGCUAUUCAACCAUAUCAUUUCCAAUAAGAUAUAUCUUGCACGAACAAAGGCUAUGCAAAUACGUAUGAACAUAUCGACACUUGAGGACUGGGCAAGGACCAACAAUCGCUCACCGGAGCAUUACGAGAACGGCUCACUUAGCGCUUCUGGUGAAAACACCGUCGAAGCAGCCAGAAAGCAUCUGACUCCUUCAAUCCAGCUCUUGCAAUGGCUGCAGUGCUUCUCAAGUCUCGAUUUCUUGACAGACUUGCCCUUAGACGAGACUAUCUCCCAAAUGACCCAGCUUACCCCACAUCAACUUCUUCAUUGCGUCAACCACUAUCGCUACGAGAAGGAAGAGAAGACCAUGCCGAAGGCCGCGCGAAAACGAUUACAAGCGCGUUCUCUAGAUGGUCAACGAAAAUGGGAGCAGAUGCGAAAAGAUCGAGAAAAGAGAAGAUCUCAAGCGCCGCCUGCUUCUCCGCAAUCACCGCAGAAGAACGUGACUCCCACACUAGAUCAGGCUGGUGGUCACGCUCUAUCCAGUCCAACCUCAAAUGACAACAACGAUAUCAUACCGCAGUCAGACGAGGACGAACCACCUUCGAAGCGGCUACUCAUGGAUCCAGCACAUAUGCUUCAAUUUUCGCUCCCCACCACAGUGGAUAUGCGACUCAGCUACGGUGCGGGUUAUGGCGGCGUGAACAGAGAGCGGGAGAAGAAGUACAUUCCUACUGUGCCGCCAGAAUUUCUUGCCAAGCUCGACAUCAACGGAUCCGGCAACGGUAGCUUUGUAAAUGAGAAGGAUUGGGAUACGAAUGACGAUAGCUAA